UUGCCGUGGUGGAUUGGUCUGUUAACGCGCGCAGAGAUUACUCCUGAUAAAUACGGACAGAAAGACAGAUUGAUUUGCCAGAUUUGGAGGGCUGUAGUAUAAUUUAUAGCUUGGGAAUUUCAGGGGGUUCCUCAAUUGAUUCCCAUUGUUGGAUCCAAUGGCUGAAGGGACUGCGCAAUCUCGUUAUGUGAAGCUUACGAAGGAACAAGCUCCCGUGGAUGAAGAAAUUACUCCAGGGGAGCUCAAUCAGCCCAUUCAGGUUCCUCAGUUAAAUGUUCACCGGUGCAGUGAGUGUGGUCAGCCCCUUCCUGAGAGCUAUGAGCCUCCCGCAGAUGAACCUUGGUCAACUGGGAUAUUUAACUGUGCUGAGGAUACAGAUAGUUGCUGGACUGGACUUUUUUGCCCUUGUGUGUUGUUUGGGCGUAAUGUGGAACGCCUGAGAGAAGAUAUCCCCUGGACGCAGCCAUGUGUUUCUCAUGCCAUUUGUGUUGAAGGUGGAAUUGCACUAGCUGCAGCAACAGCAGUCUUCCAUGGUGUCGAUCCAAGGACAUCAUUUCUCAUUUGUGAGGGUUUGAUGUUUACUUGGUGGAUGUGCGGCAUCUACACUGGUCUUUUCCGACAAUCAUUACAGAAGAAAUAUCAUCUCAAGAACUCCCCUUGUGACCCAUGCAUGGUACAUUGCUGCAUGCACUGGUGCGCAUUGUGUCAGGAGCACAGGGAAAUGAAAGGACGCUUGUCUGAUAAUCUUGCAAUGCCUAUGACAAUUGUCAACCCUCCUCCAGUACAAGAAAUGAAUGCAAAUGAGAACCAGGAGUCUGCAUCUGCCGAAGCAAAUGGUAGUGAACACUCUAAUUUGGAGAUGCAGGCCUUGUAGGAUUCAGAAUAU